UUGAAGAGUUAGAGUCAGUCAGAGUCAAAGUCAAAGUCGUCAUCCCCAACACUACUUCUGGUUCCAACCAGUUCAUACCUUUUCCAUCAUCGCAUGUGCUCCUUCACUGUAAAAGGUCCUCUCUUUCUCUAUCACUGAUCAUCCCACGUUCUUGAUCAACAGGAAUGGUACAUUUACGAAAAUACCCUUUUCUUAUACUUCUACUGAUCUAUCUUGGAAUCCAAGUAGAAUCAGAUGCCUCUGAUCAUCGCUAUAGUGAAGGUGAUAUAGUCCCCUUCUAUGCCAACAAAAUUGGCCCAAUCUCUAAUUCAUGGGAAAUAUAUGCUUAUUAUGAACUUCCAUAUUGUUCUCAAGUAACAGAUGAUGUCAAAGAGAAAAAGCUUAAUUUAGGAGAGAUGUUGAAUGGAGAUCAUCUUGUUUCAACUCCAUAUAAGCUUGAAUUCCUUGUGGAUAAAGAUUUUGAAGUAUUAUGCAAUAAGACACUGAGUAAAACAGAUGUUUCUAAGUUCAGAAGGGCGAUAGAGAAGGACUACUAUAUGCAAUUGUAUUAUGACGACUUGCCAAUGUGGGCUUUUAUCGGAAUCAAACUAAAUAAGGGUGAUUUAAAUGAAAGGAUCAAGAAAGGGUAUUCCCUUUCCAAACAUUUUGAUUUCCAUGUUUUUUAUAAUAAGGAUCGUGUAAUUGAGGUCAAUCUCCAAGUAGCUAUGGAUUCACUUGCAGACAUAACAGAAGACAAGGAAGUUGAUGUGAGCUUCACAUACUCUGUUAAGUGGACAAUGACACAAAAAUCAUUUGAUAGGAGAAUGGAGAAAUACAUUGGUUCUGCUUUUUUACCUCACCACAUGUCUAUACAUCAUCACUCAGUUACAUUCUCAAGUGUCAUACUCCUCAUUCUCAUCAUUUCCCUACUCACAUUUUACUUACUUGUCCUUCGCAAAGACAUUUCCAAGAACUCAGUCGAUGUAGAAGAGGAUCAAGUGAUAAGUAAUCAAGAAGAGAUAGGAUGGAAGAAUGUUCAUGGUGAUGUAUUUAGAUUCCCACAGCACAAGUCUUUAUUUGCUGCGGCUCUUGGUGCUGGAACCCAGUUGCUUAUACUGAUCAUAGCAAUUCUUGCUCUUGGCCUCCUAGGUUUUUUUAAGCCCUAUAUUCGAGGAGUACUCUGGAACGCACUUAUCAUUGUAUAUGCAGUUACAUCUUUGGUCUCAGGAUAUACUUCUGGUUCCUUUUAUUGUCAACUCGAAGGAACCAAUUGGAUGAAGAACAUAAUACUGACAGGAGGAUUAUAUCUCGGACCUCUCUUUCUUACUUUUACUUUCCUAGACAUUGUUGCCAUUUUUUAUGGAUCAACUACUGCAUUACCACCGAGAGCAAUAGUCAUGUUAUCUCUUUCGUGGAUAUUCAUAGCAUCACCAUUGCUUCUUUUAGGAGGCAUUAUCGGGAAAACCAGAAUGUCUGAAUUUCAAUCCCCCUGCAAAACCGCUAAAAUUCCUAGAGAGGUUCCUACGCUGCGUUGGUAUAAGGAUGUUCUCCCUCAGAUGGUUUUGGCAGGAAUUUUGCCUUACAGUGUCAUAAAUAUUCAGUUGUAUUACAUAUUUGAAAGUGUUUGGGGGCAUCGCAUUUAUAUACUUUAUAGUAUUAUUUCCAUAGUCUUCUUUCUUCUUCUCAUCAUGACUGCUUUAGUUUCUGUGGCUCUCACAUACUUUCAGCUUGCUGUUGAAGAUCAUCAAUGGUGGUGGAGGUCGUUUUUGUCUGGUGGAUCUACUGGAUUGUACAUAUAUGUUUAUUGCAUCUAUUAUUCUUUCAAGAGAUCAGAGAUGAAUGGUUUCAUGCAAAUCUCCUUUUACUUCGGCUAUAUGGCUUGUGUAUGUUUCGGCAUAUUUCUUCUACUAGGAAGUGUGGGUUUCCGUGCUUCACUACUCUUUGUUCGUUACCUGUAUGCAGCAAUAAAAUGCGAUUAACAGACUAACAGGUAAUUAAGUACUUCAACAAGAGAAGCACAAUGAUAAAGAAAUUGAAGACUAACGAAGAACACAUGGAUUUAACGUGGUUUCAGUUGUUUAGAGUAAUUAAGCUACAUCCACAGGAUAAACUAGAAAGAUAUUUUGUUUGAUAUUCGAUGCUAUACAAUUCUAUGUAUUUAGGUCGUGUUUGGCGGGCCACAGCCAGCUGAUAAGCUAACUUAUUUUUCGAGUUUUUUUAUGUUGCCAUGUUAGAUAAGCCAAAAUGUAUGUCAUUUUUAUAUCUUUCAGCUGGCUUUUCAAUUAGUUUUGCCAAACGUUAUUUUUAUUAGCUAA